GCCCCCCGCCCGCAGGUGCAGGGGGCUGGCACUCGGGAACUGGAAAGAGCUGGUUGGAGUUUGCACUUUAAGCUGCCGGCUGAGAGGGAGCCGGGGGCCCGGAGCUGGUGCGAGCGCCCAGCGCCGCGGGAGGAUGCCUCGGUGGCUGCGGUCCCUCGUGGGAGCGCUGCUCCUGCUCGAGGGGGCGGCCGCCCUCAGCUUCCUCCACCAUCGCUACGAGGAGAUGGUGCAGGCCCUGUUCCGCGUGCAGAGCCAGUGCCCCUACGUCACCCGCAUCUACAGCAUCGGCCGCAGCGUCGAGGGCCGACACCUCUAUGUGCUGGAGUUCAGCGACUACCCGGGCAUCCAUGAGCCCUUGGAGCCGGAGUUCAAGUAUGUUGGGAACAUGCACGGGAACGAGGUGCUGGGCCGUGAGCUGCUGCUGCAGCUCUCAGAGUUCCUGUGUGAGGAGUACCGCCGGGGCAACGAGCGGAUCACCCGCCUCAUCCACGACACGCGCAUCCACAUCAUGCCCUCCAUGAACCCCGAUGGGUACGAAGUGGCUGCCAAGCAGGGCCCAGACAGCAAUGGAUACUUAACAGGGAGGAACAACGCCAACGGAGUGGACUUGAAUCGCAACUUUCCCGACCUCAACACAUUCAUGUACUACAGUGGGGAAAUCAGUGGGCCAAAUCACCAUAUCCCUCUGCCAGACAACUGGAAAAGCCAGGUGGAGCCAGAGACGCUGGCUGUGAUCCAGUGGAUCAGCAGCUACAACUUUGUACUGUCAGCCAAUCUGCACGGUGGAGCAGUGGUGGCAAAUUACCCCUAUGACAAGUCUCAGGACCAGCGGUUCAGGAGCCACCGGCGCACGGUCAACACUCCUACGCCUGAUGACAAGUUGUUUCAGAAGCUGGCCAAGACCUACUCCUAUGCCCAUGGAUGGAUGCACCGUGGCUGGAACUGUGGGGACUACUUUGCCGAUGGCAUCACGAAUGGGGCAUCCUGGUACUCGCUCAGCAAAGGCAUGCAAGACUUCAAUUACCUCUACACCAACUGCUUUGAAAUCACCCUGGAGCUGAGCUGCAAUAAGUUCCCCCCUGAGGAGGACCUGGAGCGGCAGUGGAUGGCCAACAGGGAGGCCCUUGUUGCUUUCAUUGAAGAGGUUCACCAGGGCAUCAAAGGGAUGGUGUCAGACGAGAACAACAACGGAAUUGCAGGAGCAGUGAUUUCUGUUCAGGGAAUCAGCCACGACAUCACCUCUGGUAAUAUGGGGGAUUAUUUCCGGCUGCUGCUGCCUGGCACUUACACUGUCACAGCCUCUGCAGAGGGGUACCAGCCCCAGACGAUUACAACAACUGUGGGCCCAGCUGCACCUUCACUGGUACAUUUCCAGCUCAAAAAAGAUGUGGUGAGGAAGCCCCUGGAGCGUAAAAACUCAGGAACACGCAUGAACAACAAAGCCCUUCAGAAGAAGGUAGUGCCAAGAGCCACCCGCCUGGGGACCCGAAGAUGAGGACAGCUCACUUGGCUGAGAGCUGGGGAAGCCGUUUAUACGAGGCCUGGCUGAUGACUCCAGCCAGUGAACUUUCCAACAGUCCAGCAUGAAACUAGCCCAAAUUAUUAGGUUAUUAAACGAGGAAGUAUUUAAUCCCUGA